ACAAAACCGACCAAAAGUUCCAACUCAGCGAGUCUCAUCAUCAUCUACCAGCACCACCACUCUGGUUUAACAGUCAACUUUUCUUUCUUGCCUCUGAAUCCUAAAACCCCCGAACCCUCAGCUUCCAUCUCUCUCUCUCUCUCUCUCUCUGAUUUCUAAUGGGCAAUCCCGAAGAACCCGAGAAACCCAUCUCCCUCUACGACUCCUCUUCACCUUCCCAUCCCCUGCUUUCCAAGCCUUCUCCUCCCCAUGACGACCCACCUCGUGUUCCACCUCCUUACGGCGAUCCACCUGAAUCCGAUGCCUCACUGUACCUCCAGAUCUCCUAUAAUUAUGGUCCCAGAUCUUUUAGGGACCUACCUUUUCUAAUCCUCUUCCUCAUCUUCGUCCUCUGCACAUAUGGUUUCGGUAUCUUCUCCGUCCUCCAUCGGAAUACCAAUUACUCCAGUCUCUCUUCCUACGUUUACAAUUCCACCUCCACUUCUUGCGUGAAAGACUCUGUUUCUUCUCCUCCUAACUGGGUUUUGUUUAAUGUUUCUUCUGGUUCGCAUUUUCUAAAGGAUUUGAUGUGGACUUUGGUGGUUACUCUGCUUUUUACUGUACCCAUUUGCUUCCUCUUGCUCUUGCUGCUCAAGCGUUACACCAAACAUAUCGUCUACGCUUCGCUUCCGUUUUUCAUUUUGAUACCCAUUUUCUUCAACGUUUAUUGGUUCGUGGCCUGCACGGUUAGCUCGUCCUGUAGCGAUUCCUUCCCAAUGGUUUAUAGGAUUUUGGUGCUGGUUUUUGUGUUUUUGGUUAUUGGGGUUCUUUUGUGGAUAAUUGUGGCUAACUGGCAUAGAAUUGAGCUGACUGUGAGCAUAAUCGGGGUUGCAUCUGAUGCUCUUUCUAAGAACCUGGGUUUGUUCGUGGUUCUGCCCAGUUUGAUAUUGGGGUUGGUUGUCUAUUAUGCUCCCAUUGUUGUGUUCUUGGUGUUUUCCAGGUUGAAUGGGAAGAUUGUGCCACGGGAAUCCAAGGGAGAAUAUACUUGUGUGUGGAAGCAAGAUAGUUGGGUGCCUGCCUAUUUCGCAUUGGCAAUUCUUACUAUGUUGUGGUCUGCUACUGCAAUGGUGGAGGCGCAGGUGUUUGUGAUCAGUGGAACUAUUUCACAGUGGUACUUUCGGAAGGAGGAUGAUUCAACUCCUAAGCGGAGUAUUAGAAGUUCGUUGAGAAAUGCUUUUGGCCCUUCUUCUGGCACAGUUUGCCUAUCUGGCUUACUUAUUUGUGUUGUUCGAAUGGUGCGUGCUGUUGUUGAUACUGCAAGACAAGAAGAGGUUCCUGGGAUUGUGAACCUUGUAUUACGGUGCUGUGUCAAUGUCUUACUGUCGGCCAUAGAUUUUCUUAACAAGUUUACAAUUAACUUUGCUGCAAUAACUGGUGAAGCUUACUGCUCAUCUGCAAGGAUGACUUAUGAGCUUUUAAAACGUAAUCUUCUCUCUGCUGUGUUUGUGGAAACCAUUUCAACUCGCCUAUUGGGUGGAAUUGUUUUCGUAGUCUCAGCAAUAUAUGCAAUUGCGGUCUGUGCUGUUCUUAAUGCCGUAAGUGAUCUUGGGCUUGAAUCAUACUUUGUGGCCUUACUGGCCUGGGCACUGCUGAUCUUGGUUCUGGCAUUUUUUGUUCACAUGAUGGAUAAUGUGAUUGACACCGUCUAUGUGUGCUAUGCCAUAGACAGGGACAGAGGGGAGGUGUGUAAACAGGAAGUCCAUGAAGUUUAUGUUCACCUACCUAUUAGCAGGAACCAUAGAUCAAAUGUUGUUACCAGAACUCUGGGUGUAUAAAUGAUGCUUUGAUUAAAUUGUUGUGUUAGUUAUUGACCACUGAUUUGUUGUCUGUACGAACGAAUUUAGGAUUGCCUGUUGUUAGAUUGUGCAUAAACUUUUGAGAAGUUGCAUUUUGUACAAUUUGAGGUUUUUGCAAUAAAAUGAUGCUAAUUUUUGGGGGCA